AUGCUUCUUAAUUUUUUAUUUCUCACUGUUCUCAUUACGUGCAUUCAUGCAUCUAAAGUAAUAGUGAGUGUUGGUGGUCUAAAAGGAGAAAAUAUAUUCGUACCGCAAAUCAUACACGCCAGAGUUAAUGACCAAAUUAUCUUUAGUUGGGUUAGCGGUUCACAUAGCGUUGUUGAAUCUGAUUUACCAAGAUCUUGCGCAAAAUCAGCAAAAGCUGAUGCUUUCACUUCCGGAGGUGAAUUUACAGCACCUAAUAAAACAAUGGUUCUCUUAGCUACCGAUAUUGGAAUAAAAUAUUUCUAUUGUGAUGUUCCUGGUCAUUGUGAAAAUGGAAUGUAUGGUACUAUCAUAAUUUCAGAUGAUUUAUUAACUCUUACUCCUACUCUCGAAGUAUCUUCAGCUGGUCCUGAAAGUACACUCAUAAAUGAUAACGGAUCUCCUUUAUAUUUUGAGUCAGCUCAAACACCAAUUAUAAUAAUAGGAACACUAGUUGGUGCUGGCGUACUAAUAAUAGUAGGAAGUAUUCUUUUAUAUAUGUAUUUCAAAAGAGAAAGAAAAAUGAAAGAACAAAAAAUAUUUAGUAAUGAUCAUAAUAUUUUUCAAAUCUAUUCUCAGGUUGUGACGCAAGAAUAG